AAAAAGUAUGGGUAAUUGUUCUUGGCUUGAUUUUGAAUAUGUGGUUAAUCAUUAGUAAUCGUACUGGAAAAAAUGCUUAAUAUAAGUCCAAAAUAGCUAAAACUUCAUAAAAGUUUGUUGAUUUUAAGCAGUAUUCAUUUGACAUUCCCCAAAUUAAAACAAGCGCGAAUGCAACUUUCAAGUGUCUUGACUAUCAGAUACCCAUUACUUAGCAAGUGUGAGCUGCUGCAAGAAAACCUAAAAUUCUUAGGCUAUAUCGAUAGCUUCUAUAGUUCGAAAGAUACAAGAUUCCCAAACGAAUAGAAAACAGACUUGAUCAAGAAUAUAUAUACUUUAUACGGUCGGAAAGACUUUCAUAUAACAUAUAGGAUACUCUAGCAUACCCUCUUACAUGAUGGAAUAUGAUUAUUAUUAUAUAAGAACUACAAAUUUCGAAAUUUCUUUUUAUCUAACAUACAUUGUUUCAACUUUGAAUUUCGCUGAGUCACUAUUGCAUAAGAUCCUUAACUCGAUCCAUUUCCCUUUAGCCUUAAAGACCCAAAUCUUCACCCGUCUGACCCACUGCCUUGUGGAUGGUUCAACUGCAUUUUCCUCGGCGCCAAAUUGCCGCUAACCGCCGACUUUAAUGGUCAUGGACAACGCCACCAAAACCACUGGAUCACCAACGCCGCCAAAGUCAAGGAAAACUUGUUGCGUUAAGAAAACCGCGAAAACGCAAAUACCAAAAACCCGUUUGCUCCAAAUGAAAGGGAAAACAAAUGGAGAUGUUGGCGAAGAGAAAAGGAGACGGAGGAGGAGGAGCUGCCUGGACAACUCGACUGGAUGAGGCUAUUAUGUCAUCGCCAUCGCCAUUGCGGAAAGCUGCGGGAUGGACUUUGUUUUGAUGAUAUGGCCGCUGGUUCCGGUUUCUGGGGAUCGCGGAUCGGGGCUUCGGGUUUGCGAUCUUGCCGUUUCAGUCGAUCAAAGUGGAGCUGCCAUCGAUUUUUGGCAUCCAAUUGGGGCUUUAACACGGCGCCACACUCGCGGAUCUCGCCCAUUUGAAGACUGGCGCCCGAGCUGCGAAGACGUGACAGGACUGCAAUUAAGUCUAAGGAAUGGGUUUCAGUUCUUACUUUAAACCAACCCGUAGAAUUGUGCUCUUAGCCGCCACCGGUCUGGGAGCCAUGUACAUGAUGCAUCUGCUCGCCCAGGAUUGGGUGAAGAUCCGACCCAUUCGCGGAAUAACCCAACUAGCCGGAAUGGCCGCUCAGCCAAUCCAACAGGUUAUUGCACCCAUCCAACAGGCCAGCGGUGCGCUAAAUUUAUUCCGGAGCAGGAGAGAGGCCAGUCUGAAUCACGAACUCGGUUGGGUGCGAAGGACCCAAGAUUCGGGUGGAGGUGGCAGAGGUGGAGGCGCGGAUCACAGGCCACCACCUGCCGUCGAUUGGAAGAGGAUCCUGUCGAGAGAUCCCUUCGAGUGCCUGCAAUCCUUGAUAUGCCAACUGAUGUCCGGAGCGGAAGCGAAAGUUCCGGAGGCUGAGCUGCUCAUGGAUUAUUUGGAGUCAUCGCUGGAGCUGGCUCCGGCCAAGAUUGGACGCGCCUUCAGUCGAGGAUUGGCCUUGAGAGGCAGCACGGAGCUGUGCUACAACGAAUAUCCAUUUUGCCUAUACUCCGCCAAAACGAUGUUGCGCAUCCUGCGUUGGUUCAGUGAAUCGGGCGAAUCGCUGCCCGUGGAUAAUGUGGCCUAGUUCAAAUCCAGUCUAGCUUCAGUUUUCCCAAGAGAGAGUUUAAAGAGAAAGUGAAAAUGUGAAACUAUGUUAUAUGAUGUUAAUAGAAUAUCAAUAAUAAAUGAUAGUAUAUGAUGCAUCAUCUUUUACUAUAAAUAUAA